ACAAUAAAUAACUUCCAUUUUUUUAUUUUGUACAUUUAAUUUUAUAGGCUUUAAGUAGUAAAGUGGUGUUUUUACCAGUUACAUUAUGAAAUAGUCCUUUGAAUUUUAGGUAUUUUUAAAUUGUUAAGAAAAGGCCAAAGAUAAUUUUUUGGCAUUUACUAAUAUUUAGUGUUGUGUUUAUUGCAUAAACCAUAUUGUUUAAAGUCAAACUUACACAGCAGUCAAAAAUGUCAAAAAGACCUCAAAUUCAUAUUUUUGUGGGAGCACCCAGUAUUCCAAGCCUGCUGGAGGUGUCAGAGCGAAGUGGUUCAGCACCUGCUGCUGAAAAAUGGAGAGAACUCCGCUAUUCAUGUGAUAUACGUAGUCUUUUUUCUGAAAAAGUCAAAGGUGCUGACCACGUAGUGUUUCAGGCAGAAAGCUCUAUAGUCAGAGCAGUUCCUACAAACGAUGACAGCUCUCAGCAGUCUGAACAGGGAAAAUUAAUGGUAGCAAAAGAAUAUUCGACAUCUCUUGUACCUGUGGCAGUAACUUGUACCAGCACAUCUAAAAAGACUGAAAGUUUAAUUUAUUCUGAUUGUCAAAUACCUAAGGAUAGAUGCACAUGUGCAAAUGUAAAUCAGGCUGCAGAUCAACACCUUCCUCAAAAAUUUGCAGAAUCAGCUAGACAGGAUGAACAAUCACAUGGCUAUUGUUCAAACCUCACUGAAGGAAAAACAAGUCAUUUAGAAGUCAACAGCUCUGACAUUUCUGAUUUGGUUGCCAAUACUAAGCAGAUUAGCAUACAUCUGAGAUCUGCGGGACAAGGUGUUCAAUUGGAUCACAGAAGUGAUCACCAUGAACAUCUAAGUCAAUAUCUGGAUAUGUUUUUCCCCCAAAAUCAAGAGUCAAAACCAAAAGGAGAACCAGGUGAUUGUUCACACCUUGCCGUGUCGACUGAUACUGAAUUUCGUAGUAUAAUGACUUCAAGUCAGAUGGCCGUUUUUGCACAGGAUCGGACUGAGAUGCAGAAAAGAAUCAUAGAACUAUCGGAAACAGAAGCAGGCAAAAAAACUGAAGAAAGGCACUAUGAUCACUUCCAAUUUGAUUCUGCUGCUGGAACAUGUCUUAGUGUGGCUGAAAAUGAAUAUAAGGAAGAGUAUGCAAGUUCCCUUGAACUUUUCAGUUCUGAGGGUGAUGGGAAAAAUGUUUGCUUUGAAGCUACAAAACAAGAAGGAAAUGAAAUCCAUAUUGAACCAUUGAGCUCAGGAAUAUUGUGCUCUCAAGUAGACAGUUCUCAUAAGAGCUCUUCUAAAAGAGCCCACAAGUGUGAAGAUUCCUUUCAUAUUUUUCACUCAGUGUUUAAAAGACAGCUGAAAUCAAAGAGAGCUAAACUGAAUUCUUCUCCAGCUGAUCCUGGGAUGAGAGUGGAUCAAGAGAGGAUGACGGAGUUCAAGAAACUUCAAAAGAAACUAUCACCACUUAAGAAUUGCUGCUGCAAAAAUCAAAAGUACAAUGUUUUGGUCACAAUAGUACAUCCUUGUCAUAUCAAAGAAAUACAGGUGAAGACUAGACCAACGUCUUCGUGUAAAGUUCCUGUAGCAACAAUUGUAGUUAUUGACCAGUCUGAAAUUGAGAGAAAGGUGGUGCUGUGGCGUGGUGCUGCAUUUUGGUCACUCACUGUGUUUCCUGGGGAUGUUGUACUGCUUACGGAUAUAAUAAUGUAUGAGAAUCUUUGGUGUGGAGAAAUCAUGCUGCAAUCUACAUUUACCAGUCAGUUACUGAAUCUGGGGAACUGCUCAGCUCUCAAUCCAGAAGAAUUUUAUCCUGUAGUGGACGGUGGUGUUCUCCAUGGUUUAUUGGCGUACAUAUCAUCAGAAUUUCCACACUUCAGAGACAUUCCACGAAGACAGGUUCAGAGACUGGAUAGUGUUCAGUAUAUGCAGCUAGACCAGCUCCAGCCAAAUACAUUGGUUCACUCAAUCUUGAAAAUUAUCAGCAUUGCCAUAUUAACAGAAUCUGUGUAUAGCUACAGAGGUGGCAACCAAAGAAAAAUUAUUCUAACAGUAGAACAGAACAGAGAUCAACACUAUAGGAUGGUGCUGUGGGGAGCAGGGGCUGCCUGGUGCCCUCAACUUCAAAGGAAAAAAGAUCACAUAUGGGACUUUAAAUACCUUCUGGUCCAACAUAGUUCUGUCUCGGGUGACUUUGAACUGCACACAACUCCAUGGUCAUCUUAUGAGUGCUUGUUUGAUGAUGACAAAAGGGCAAUUGAAUUUAAAGAAAAGUUUCAGAAAAGCAAAACAUCCCUCGUGCAGAUGACAAAGCUCUCAGCACAUUUGGAGGAAAAACGCUCAGGAGUGGUUAAAGUGAAAGCCCGUAUCUUAGAACUGAAGUUUACCAUUUCAACUGGUCAGUACAAGCAACUCAUCUUCCGUGCUGACACUUCCCUGGAGUGUGUUUUGGCUUCUCUGCCUAUGAUUACGUAUUCAGGUUGUGCUAAAUGUGGUCUGGAACUACAGGCGGAUGAGAACAUGAUCUACAAGCAAUGUAUUAGAUGUUUGCCAUACAACAAAGUAAAAACAUUCUACAGACCUGCUUUGAUGACAGUAGAAGACGGAGGAUAUGAAAUUUAUGUUCAUGUCGUGUCUGAGUUGAUGGAAAAAAUCUUCCUCAAUAUUCCUGCAGACUGGCUGAACAGAUUAGUAGUGCCCUCUUCAGAUAUAACCUACAGCACAGUAGUAGCAGAUCUGUGUCAUUUGCUGCUAGCAGAUACGGAAGCAUCCUAUUUGUUGGAAAUUAGGAGCCAUUUUGUGCUAGACGAAAACAGCUAUCCUUUGCAAAAGGAUUUCCAUCUGCUAAAUUUUCAUCCUGAUCUUUGAAGCAUUGACCUCUGCAAUAACGGAGUAACAGAGAUCAUAGGAACACGCAGAUGACAAACAGAAGAAAAAUGAAUUAGCUCAAGGAAGCGAAUCUCUUUAAAAAUACAAGAAAGGAUUUUGGUUUUAACUUAUACAAAAAAAACCCAAAAGGACUGGUAUGGAAUAUCUGCUAAUAGUUUAUACUGCUGCUGUAAUACUGGUAAAU